AUGAUCCAUUAUGUUAAUAACUUAAAAAGUAUUAAUAGAAAAGUACUAUAUAAAUUACAUAUAGAAAAUGACAAAAUUAUUGAUAUGCCCUUGUUCUUAGCUGACCAUAUAUAUGUUAGAAAAAAAAAAGAAUUGAUAAAGCUACUACACGAAGCUAUAUAUUUUGACAGAGAAAAAUUUUUCAAUAAUUAUAAGAAAGUGUUAUUAAAUAAAAAGGAAUGGAAUAAUAAAAAUGAUAUUAAAGAUCAUGUAUAUAAUAUAAAAAAAGAAUUUAAUCUUGUGAAUAUAAAUGAUAAAGAUAAUAUAAAUAAUAAUAAUAAUUGUAAUAGUGAUAUUAUAUAUUCUAAACAACACUGUAGUAAUAUUUUUGAAAAUUCCAUGAUAUCAUCAUUUAUUAAGAAUGAUAUAAAAAAACCUUUGUCAAAUAAUUUUAUGAACCCUUAUAAAUAUAAUAAUGAAGAAUAUGAUGAGUUAAUUGUAGAAUUAUCAAGUUUAUAUCAUGAUGAAGAAGAUUUUGAUAAUACAAGGUUUCCUUUAAAUUGUUUUGAAUCUAUUGAAGAAGAAAAUUAUGUUAAUUAUUAUGUAGAAGAAAAAAUAAAAUACAAUACUAGAAAUAAAAUAUAUGAUGAAAAAAAUAUAGAUAAUGCAGAUAUAUAUAAUUAUUAUAUUUUAAUAGGUUAUAUACCUAAUGAUUUAUUUUUUUCUUGUAUUAAAAAUAGAAUAAUAUCAUUAAAAAGUUUUUUUUCAUACAAUGAACUUUUUUCCUUUAUUUAUUUAUUUCAUAAAAGAAAUGAUAUCAGAACUAUUAUUUUAUUGGCAGAAGAAUAUAUAAAAAGAAUGUGUAAUGAAAAAGAUCGAAUUGUUGAUAAUAAGCAUAUUAUAUAUAUGUUAAAUAUUUUUAUUAAAAUGAAUUAUAAUAAUAAUAAAAACAAUAUUUGUAGUAGUAAGCAUAUAUUUUCUAAUUUUUUACAAAAUAUCUAUAUAAAAUUUUCACAUAACAAUUUAAAAUUAUUAAUAUUAUCCUUUACUUGUCUAUCUAGAAUAAAUGAAUACAAUAUUUUAUUUUAUGAACACAUCUCUAACUUUAUAGAUAAUAUUUCUUCCCUUUCAACUUUAGCUUGUUCGAUGAUAUUACAUAGUAUAGGUUAUUAUAAAUUUUAUAUGAAAAAAAUAAAAACACAAUUAUUUCAGCACAUACGAAAUUACAAACAAAUAAAAAAUUAUCAAAACAAAAAAAAAAAAAAUAUUUCUGAUAAAAAUGAAAUAUUUAAAGACCACAAAAGGGAAUAUUUUCAGCAUGAAAAUGAUAUUACAAAUUAUAUAAUAUAUAAUAAUAAUAAUAAUAGUAAUAAUUAUAAUAAUUAUAUAGCUCUUAAUAAAGGUGAAAGGAAUAAUUAUUUGUAUGAUAAUAAAGAAUCGACACACACACGACAUAUUACAAAUCAGAUUUGUUAUAAGAAUAUAUGUGAAAGGAAUAUAAUAAACCUUGAUUUGACAAGAAAACAUAUGAAUAUAAUAAAAAAUCUAGAAAAUAAAAUAAUUGAAAAAUUAUUAUGUUCCAAUAUUCAAGAUAUAGAUUCUAAAAGUAUUAGUAGUAUUUUCCAUUAUUAUUAUUUAUCACAAAAUGUUUUAUUGAAUUUAAAGGAUCAACAAUUAUUCAACAAAUUACUCAAUAUUCUAAUUAAUAAUAAUGUGAAUUUUAUGACACCACGACAUUUUCUGAUGUGUUCAUAUACAUUAAUUCUUCAUAAAUAUUUUACAAAUAUAGAUAUAGCAUCUUAUUUUCUUUUUCAAUGUGCUAAAUUAAUUAAAUUAUUAAAAAAACAAAUUUAUAUAGACAACUUAUUUUUUAUAUUAAUAGGAUUCUCACAAAAUCACUUAAUCUUUUAUAACAAUAAAAAGAAUCAUAUGAAGGGCACAACAUCAAUAUAUAUUGAUAAUAAUAAUAAUAAUAAAUUUUGUAAUUAUAAAAUCGAAAAAAAUAAAUAUAUUGAUAUACUACAAAAAUCGCAAUAUGAAUUAAAUUUGUUAACUAACCAAAAUAAUGUUACACCUUCUAGUUCAAGAGCAGCUAUUUUAUAUAUAUUAAAUGAAAUAACAAACUUAGAUUAUGAAUUAAAUACAAAACAGAUGAUAUUAUUUCUACAAUUAUUUUCAUCAUUUAAUAUAAAAUUUAGCACAGAUAUUAAACAAAAAUUAUUUUCUCUUAUAAUUAAUAACACGCACAAUUUAAUAAAAUAUAUACAUUUAAUCUUACCAGGAGCAAUAAAAAUAUAUGGUAUUACAAGUAAUUAUAUAAAAACUAUCUGUUUAAAUUUUCUUGAAAAAAUGGAUAAUGAAAUUAAUAGAAUUUAUAAUUUGUUAUUAAAUGGUGAGUUCAAUAUGAUUUAUAAUUUUAUCCAAACAAAUAAUAUAAUAAAUGAUAAUGUAGAAUAUACUUUUAUAUUUGAUAUUAAUAUAUUAUCUGAUAUAUUAUAUAUAUUUGAUCAAAUAGAUGUAAAUAAAAAAGAUUUUAUAGACAACCUAACCAACUUGUUAUAUUUUAAUAAUUAUUAUAUUCUUACCUAUAAAAAAAACAGUUUUAAUUCAUUUGUCUAUCUCUUGCAUUAUAUUUCAUCAUCAUAUGAUAAUGAAAACAAAUUACAUAAAUUACAACAUUUUCUUUAUACAAAUGUGUCUGAAUAUUUGAAUAUAUCAUUUAAGCAAUAUAUAGAUCAUAUAAAAUCACAUAAUAACCACAUAAAUAAUAUAAACAAACCUGAGGACAAUAAUUCACAAGGAGAUAAUUAUUUUAAUGAAGUUACGCAUAAUAUAUUAACUGAUAAAAUAUAUAUGAAAGAUUUGAUCUUAUUACUUGAUUCGAUCAGAAUUAAUAAAGCAUACGAUCACAAAUUACUUAUUAACAAUUUGAUUAAUAUUAUGAACACUGAAAAAAUAACCUUACUCUCGGAUGAAGAUAUCGAGCUAAUAAAUUAUAUUUUUAUAGACAUGGGAUUAAUGAAUAAUCCAAUCAUGAAUGAAGCAAAGAAAAGAGGUCUAAGCAUGGGAUUAAACAGUUAA